AUGACCCCGCCCCCGCGGCAAAAAGUCGCCCCAGCGGACUCCCGGCUCCGAUUCGGCCGAGCCCAGCCGCCCGGUCGAGGAGGCUGCCGCUGCCUGCCGAACCCGCCCGUGAAAGAUCGAAGGACGGGCCCCGGCCGCCCCGGCACCCGGCCCACCUCGGGCAAACCCCGGACGGCGAGUCCGAUGGUGCCCACGCCGGGGACCCUGCGCCCCCGGAUGACCCCGCCCCCGCGGCAAAAAGUCCCACCAGCGGACGCCCGGCUCCGAUUCGGCCGAGCCCAGCCGCCCGGUCGAGGAGGCUGCCGCUGCCUGCCGAACCCGCCCGUGAAAGAUCGAAGGACGGGCCCCGGCCGCCCCGGCACCCGGCCCACCUCGGGCAAACCCCGGACGGCGAGUCCGAUGGUGCCCACGCCGGGGACCCUGCGCCCCCGGAUGACCCCGCCCCCGCGGCAAAAAGUCCCCCCAGCGGACGCCCGGCUCCGAUUCGGCCGAGCCCAGCCGCCCGGUCGAGGAGGGUGCCGCUGCCGGCCCGGCCCGCCCGUGGAAAAUCCGAGGACGGGCCCCGGCCGCCCCGGCACCCGGCCCACCUUGGGCAAACCGGGGACGGCGAGUCCGAUGGCGCCCACGCCGAGGACCCUGCGUCCCCGCCAGACCCCCUGGCCGCAGGUCGAAAGACCCCUCCCCAGACACACCGCGUACAACACGCGAGUCAAUGGGAAAUUCGCCAUCGAGGGCGACGCCGGACGACCCGACGGCGCGGCGGCGGAGGGCCCGGCCCGCCCCGGGCAAACCGAGGACGGCGGAUCCGAUGGUGCCCACGCCGGGGACCCUCCGCCCCCGGAUGACCCCGUUCUCGGGGAAAACGCUCCGCCGGGCGGACCCCCGGCCCCUUCCCCCGCUGCCUCGAGAUCCGCCGGUCAGAAUCGCCUGCAAAAUCCAGGGAUGGCGGGCGGGAGGCUGGGCUCGGCAGGCGGGGCGCUGUCGGCCCGCUGCGUCGAGAUCCGCCGGUCGGAAUCGCCUGCAAACUCCAGGGUGGGUUAA